AUGAACGAUUAUUUUGUUUUAUUUUGUCAAACCAUUAUCACAUUGGUUUUUUCCUUCUUAUUUGGUUUGGGUUUAAUCAAAUACUAUUUCAACAAAAAUAGCAACUACAACUGCAAUGACAACCAUAAUCACAGCUACAAUUACAACAAUAAAGGACCAUCAGACUACCCUGCAUUCAACCAAAACGAAUCACGUCAUUCCGUUUCAGGUGUACAACAAUCGAACACCAAUACAGAAUCAGGUCAUAUUAAUAAAAGGGAACCAUCUGACUACCCUGCAUUCAACCAAAGCGAAUCACGUCAUUCCAUUUCAGGUGCAACUCAGUCAAGCAAUGAUCAAGAAUCAGGUCAUAUCCAUAAAAGAGCCUCAUCAAACUACCCAACAUUUAACCAAGAUGAAGCACGUUAUUCCGUUUCCGGUGUCCCACAAGAAAACAAUUCUCAAGAAUCAGGUCAUAAAAGAGAACAAACAAGCUACCCUGAUUUCAAUAAAAAUGAAUCACAUUUUUCUUUUUCUGGUUCACCACAAUCAUACAAUAACCCAGAAUCACCAUGUAACGGAGAGCCACCAUCUGUUGAGGAAAUAACCAAAUCAUUUACCAUUUACACCAUUACAAAUCCAAUCGAUAAUACCAAUUUUAGAAUCAGUGAAUAUAUGUUUAAUAUUCUCAAAGUACAAGUAUACCAAUUUAAAUCCAAUUACUAG